AUGGUGCCAGGCGCUGUGGCCCAGUGGCGAGAGGAAGGCCGCAUUGCUGUCUGGCUCCACGUCCCCAUCCACCAGAGCAGCUUUGUGGCGGUGGCUGCUUCACAAGGCUUUGCUUUCCACCAUGCCGAGCAGGGCUCAUCUACCUUGACCCUCUGGCUAGGAGAAGGGCCCAGCAGGCUGCCAGGAUAUGCCACCCACCAGCUGGGAGUUGCAGGUGCUGUUCUAGAUGAAAGCACUGGAAAGGUGUUGGUUGUGCAAGACAGGAAUAGGACUAUAAAUGCAUGGAAAUUUCCAGGAGGUCUGGCUAAUCCAGGGGAAGACAUUGACACAGCAGUUCGAGAGGUUUUCGAAGAGACUGGCAUCAAGUCAGAGUUCAAGUCCAUCCUAAGCAUCAGACAGCAACACCAACACCCUGGAGCCUUUGGGAAGUCAGAUAUGUAUAUCAUCUGUCGCCUGCAGCCCUCCUCCUUCACCAUCAGCUUCUGCCAGCAGGAGUGCCUGAAGUGUGAGUGGAUGGACCUGAAUGAGCUUGCUAGGACACAACACACCACUCCCAUCACCAGCAAUGUAGCCAGGCUCUUACUGUACGGCUACCGGGAGGGGUUUCAUAAAAUUGAUAUAACCAUGAGGGAGCUUCCUGCUGUCUACACAGGCCUGUUCUACAAACUGUACCACAGGGAGCUGCCCGAGUCCUACAGAAACAUCACAUGA